CCUGGGGGUGCAUCUCGGAGAAGGGGGGUGCCCGGACGCCUGGGCCCUGGCCCUGGCCCAGGGCAGGGGGGUGGUCAGGACGGCAGGGCCCCUUCCCGGCCGCUGAGCCCGCUGCCGGAGGUGCCGGCGGGGAGGCCAAGCGUUUCCCCGCGAGCGGCGGCCGAGCCGCCCGGCAGCUUUCCCGGAGCAUCCGGGGGCUUCCCAGCGCCGCAGAUGCUUUUGCUCCACCGGCAACAGGCAGGCGAGGGCUUCCCCCCCCCCCCAAUCCCUGCGCAGCGGGAGCCGGAGCCCGGCGGAGCCUCCCCCCGUGCUGCGGGGAGAUGCCACCCGCCCCGGCCUCUCUGCCUUGCCCCCGGCUCGUUUCCUCUGCCCCGUUUCCGUGAGCCCCUGCCGAAGCAGAAAUAGUAGAAAGCCCUCAAAAAUGCUGCUCCGUGCACAAUUUGCAGGGAGCUGCCGGGAGCGGAGCCGCAGGGCGGGGGAGCCGCCGGCUCCGGGGCGGGAGUGACGCUGCUCCGGGGCGGGAGCACCGUGGCGGGAGUGAUGCUGCUCCGGGGUGGGAGCACUGCAGCUCCGGGGCGGGAGCACCGCGGCUCCAGGGUGGGAGCACCGUGGCUCCGGGGCGGGAGUGACGCUGCUCCGGGGCGGGAGCACCGCGGCUCCGGGGUGGGCGGCUUGGCUGCCCGCAUGGGGAGCCAUGCUGCAACCCACCCCCCCGUUCCCCAAACCUGCCCCAAAACCCCAAGCCACGCGCGUGGCCUGGGGUGCACCCUUUGCAGUUGCACCUUUCGGGUGCCCUCGGGCGACGCCGGCCCCACGCCUGCUCCUCCUCCCCGCGGCCGGGACAGCGCGGCGGGGAUGGCGACGCUCCCGGAGCCCGGCGCGCGGAGCCUCCACGUAGGUGCCGCGGGGCCGCCCGGCUCGCCGGGGACGGGCCGCAGCUGCAGCAUCGCCCCGCUGACGCCCACGCAGCCCCCGAGGAGCGAGGCCCGGGCGCCCGGCGCCACCGCCUUCGCCGCGGUGGUGGCCGUCGACUUGGGCACCGCGGGCAGCGGCUACGCCUUCGCCCUCCGCAGCGCGCCCGAGGCCGUCCACGCGAUGAGGAGCUGGGACGGGGCCGACCCCGGUGUUGCCCACCACAAGACGCCCUCGAGCCUCCUGCUGACGCCGGACGGCGCCUUCCACAGCUUCGGCUACGCCGCCCGGGACCACUACCAUGGGCUGCCCCCCGAGGAAGCCCGCGGCUGGCUCUACUUCGAGAAGUUCAAGAUGCAGAUGCAGAGCAGCGGCGAGCUCAGCGCGCGGACGGAGCUGGAAGCCGCCAACGGGCAGAAGGUGCCGGCGCUGGAGGUGCUGGCGCACGCGCUCCGCUUCUUCCAGCAGCGUGCCGUGCAGGAGCUCCGGGAGCAGUGCCCGGCGCUGCCGGAGCAGGGGGCCGUCCGCUGGGUCCUCACCGUGCCCGCCGUCUGGAAGCCGCCGGCCAAGCAGCUCAUGCGGGAGGCUGCCUACAGGGCCGGGCUGGCGUCCCCGGAGAGCCCGGAGCAGCUGCUCAUCGCGCUGGAGCCCGAAGCGGCCGCCGUCUACUGCCGCAUGCUGCGGCUGCACCAGCUCCUGGAGCUGAGCUGCCAGCGCCCGGCCAACGGGCCGGCGCCGGAGCGCCCCGUCGACUCCAGCUUCCGGCAGGCCCGGGAGCAGCUCCGGCGCUCCCGCCACAGCCGCACUUUCCUGGUGGAGCCGGGCGUCGGAGAGCUCUGGGCCGAGAUGCAGGCAGGUGACCGCUACAUCGUGGCCGACUGCGGCGGUGGCACGGUGGACCUCACGGUGCACCAGAUCGAGAAGCCCCAGGGGACGCUCAAGGAGCUGUACAAAGCCUCAGGGGGGCCCUGCGGGGCCGUGGGGGUGGACCUGGCCUUCGAGCGGCUGCUGUGCCGCAUCUUCGGGGAGGAUUUCAUCGGCGCCUUCAAGGCCAGGCGCCCGGCGGCCUGGGUGGACCUGGGCAUCGCCUUCGAGGCCGGCAAGCGCGCGGCGGCGCCCGCCCGCCCCGCGCCCCUCAGCGUCUCCCUGCCCUUCUCCUUCGUGGACUUCCACCGCGAGCACCGCGGCCGCGGCGUGGAGACGGCCCUCGAGAAGAGCGACGUGAACUUCGUCAAGUGGUCGUCGCAGGGGCUGCUGCGGCUCUCGCCGGAGGCCGUGAGCGAGCUCUUCCAGCCCACCAUCAGCCAGAUCAUCGAGCACGUGGGCGAGCUGCUGCGCCGGCCCGAGCUGCGGGGCGUCAAGCUGCUGUUCCUGGUGGGCGGCUUCGCCGAGUCGGCGCUGCUGCGGCGCGCCGCGCGAGCCGCCUGGGGCGCCGCCUGCCGCGUCGCCGUGCCCCGGGACGCGGCGCUCGCCGUCCUCAAGGGCGCCGUGCUCUUCGGCCUCGACCCCGCCGUCGUCCGCGUCCGCCGCUCGCCGCUCGCCUACGGCGUCGGGGUGCUCAACAAGUUCGUGGAAGGGAAGCACCCGCCGGAGAAGCUGCUGGUGAAGGAGGGCAGGAGCUGGUGCACGGACGUCUUCGAGAAGUUCGUCUCCGUGGACCAGUCCGUGGCGCUGGGCGAGGUGGUGCAGAGGAGCUACUGCCCGGCCCGCGCGGGCCAGCGCCAGACCGUCAUCAACAUCUACUGCUGCGCCACCGACGACGCCGUCUACAUCACCGACCCCGGCGUGCGCAAGUGCGGCACCGUCACCCUGGAGCUGGACGAGGCGGCCGAGGCCGGCGGCGCCGAGCGCAGCCGCCGCGAGAUCCGCGCCAGCAUGCAGUUCGGCGACACGGAGAUCAAGGUCACCGCGGUGGAUGUCCGGACCUCCAAGACGGUCCGGGCCACCAUCGAUUUCCUCUCCGACUGAGCCGCCGGGCUGCGGGGACCGGGGCGGCGGCCACGUCGGCUCCGCGCCGGCCCGGACGGGGCGGGCGCUCCCCCGGCGAGCGGGGCGCUCCCGCCGGGCUCAACGCCGGCAAACGGCACUCGGGCACGUUUCCAGCUGAAGUUUAUUGCUUUCCUUUAUAGACUUUUGUAAUUAAAAAAAAAUACACAUAGACACACACACAUGUAUAUAUAUAUAUCUAUAUAUUUAUAUAUAUAUAUAUAUAGGCACAUAAAAUCCUCUGUUGCUUUCCAAA